AUGAGGAGAAAGCGGAGCCCGUCCAACUCUAAUCAUAAUUUUGCAGCUGCUAAUUCGAAUUCUGCAAGUUCAAACAGCAGCAGCAACAACAACCAAUCCAGCGCCACAGGGACCGAUGACCUCAACGCUAACGAACCAAAUGACCCCGAUGAUAGUAGGUCUACGCCUACUAUAAUCAAUAACAUCGCCGGUAUUAACAAUACUAAAAAUAAUGACGUAUCAGCCGCUUCGACUGUAAAGAACGUCAAUAACAAGAGAUCCGCGUCGCCGGAUCUCGCCACAAAAUCGUCUUCUCACAAUGAAGGUCAGGAGGGGUCCCUGAAAGAGCUGGCCUCCCCAUCGUCAAAGGCUAAAGUGUUCCCUUUCGCCAUACCGAAGGUAGUAAGGGACCCCAGACCUUCCAUAUCCACCACUGUGGCAAUGGCCACUCCAGUUCCAACUUCUGCGUCCGCUUCCUCGUCAGCGUAUAUGGACUCUGCUGGGUCGACACCGUUUUCCUCGGUGCUCUCGUCAUCUUCCUCUGUGUCAAGUUCGUCCGCUUCGUAUAUGCGGUUCAAUGGAUUUGUGCCGUCCUCGUCUUCGUCCUCUUCCGCGUCCGCGUCGUCGUUGACUUUCUCUCUAAAAGGGAAAAUCUCGCCGAAUUUGAACAGGCUCAGCGGUGGAAACUCGUCUCCAACUAUCGGCUCUCAAAGUAAAGCUAGUGGUAAGAGAUCUGUGUUCUUGAAGAGAUACCCACACGAUAGAAACUCCAAAGAGGGUGUUCACCUCGACGAUAUGAUUGCGAAACUGAUUCAAUUGAACGAAAGAAUGGUUUCCGCGCCAUCCGCAUCGUCGAAAUCAAAAAGAUCAGCAAGUUUCCCCUUCCACACAUGGGAGAUCCAACUGAUUUGUUCACAAGUGAGAGAGGUGUUCCUGAAUCAGCCCACGCUUUUGAAGUUGCAAUCUCCAAUAAAGAUCGUAGGUGAUAUACACGGUCAGUUCAACGACCUGUUACGGAUUUUCAAGUUGAGUGGGGACCCUCGCGACACAAAUUACUUGUUCCUUGGUGACUACGUCGAUAGGGGUAAACAAUCUCUCGAGACUAUCAUGUUGCUCUUCUGUUACAAGUUGAAGUACAGGGACAAUUUUUUCAUGCUCAGAGGUAACCACGAAUCGGCAAACAUCACCAAGAUGUACGGUUUCUACGACGAGUGUAAGAGAAGGAAGUCUACCAAGCUCUGGAGAAAUUUCGUCGAUGUGUUCAACUGUCUGCCCAUUGCAGCCGUCAUUCAGGACAAGAUCUUCUGCGUUCAUGGAGGUAUCUCUCCCGAAUUGAACAACUUGAAGCAGAUCACAAACGUCGCUAGACCAACUGAUAUACCAGAGAACGGUCUCGUCACGGACCUACUUUGGAGUGACCCUGAUCAAUCGGUUGCAAAUUGGACUGAGAACGAUAGAGGUGUCUCUUACACUUUCUCCAAGAAAAAUGUACUGGAUUUCUGUUCCAAAUUCAAGUUCGAUUUGAUCAUUAGGGGGCACAUGGUCGUGGAGGACGGGUACGAGUUUUUCGCAAGGAAGAAGUUUGUGACCGUUUUCAGCGCGCCGAACUACUGUGGUCAAUUCGGCAAUUGGGGUGCUGUGCUGAGCAUCAGCACUGGACUUAUAUGCAGUUUUGAGCUUCUGAAGCCGCAUUCGAUCAAGAAAAAGGCUGGCUGA